CUUGCGUGGUGGUGUACGUGCGACGAAAUGCCCAGAAGCGCCUACCCGUGUAGCUAUACUGUCCUCGUGUUUUAAUUUAUUCGCAUAACUAUCUGUUGUUCGAUACCCGCACGUAACAAGUCAUGUGGGACUGACAAGUGUGACUGUCCGCGGUUCGGAUGGGAUAUAUGUUCUGAGAGCCUGUUAGUGGUAUGUAGUGGCGGUUUCGUCGCCAGUGACUUGUGAGCUAGCUGCUAGCUCCUAGCUAGCUGACUAGCUUGUUGACUAACCCAGUGACGGGACGUCUAACCUACGCCAAGUCGCUGCCAACUUAGUGUUGGUUUCUGUGCUGUUCGGGGUAGGUUUGUUGUUCAGGGUAGGUUUGUUGAAUGACCGGGCUUUAAAGCGAUCAGCGAUAUGGACAGAAGCGGACCCGGCGUGCGCUUGACCUUCCUCCACAACUGGGCGUGCGACAUUUCGGAAUCUAUUGGUUUAUUUCUGCGCAAUGAUUAUUAGGUCCUUAUCCGAGGCUAUACAUGCUGGGCAGCCAGUGACGUAAUGUGUAUCAGACACUGUUCUUAGCUUGCAAACCUGUUGAGCUUAAGUGUUUUUGUUUUUUUUUUGGUUUUUUUUUUUAAAUCAGUUAUAAACAGUGAGUCGUCAUUCAGUAGUAGAAUUGUGCCUUGGGAACCAAUCUGUCAUGCUAUCAUAUGGAAAUUCAGUCAAUCGCCUCCGGCUGUUCCAAAAAACGCUUAGAAACAUUGCAUCACAACCAGACGGCGGAUUCAAACCAGCGAAAGUCGCGGUUGUAACGAAAACUACGAGAUAUGAGUUCGAACAGCAGCGAUAUCGCUACGCAGGUCUGUCCGAAGAGGACUUAAAGCAGCUGCUCGCUAUGAAGGGCUCCAGCUACAGUGGUCUUCUGGAGAGACACAACAUCCACACUCGCAGUGUCCAACACAUUGUGGAAAGUCUGCAGAGUGAAGGUAUUGAAGUGCGAGUUGUGAAAAGAGGAGAAUAUGAUGAAGAAGUUGUGCGGUGGGCAGAUACUAUCAUCUCUGCUGGAGGUGAUGGGACAAUGCUACUUGUUGCCAGUAAGGUUUUCAGCAAGGAUAAACCAGUUGUGGGUGUUAACACAGACCCUGAAAGGUCAGAGGGGCACCUGUGUCUGCCUGUACGCUACACAUAUGCCUUCACAGAGGCACUGAAGAAACUCUGUCGGGGGGAGUUCAGGUGGCUGUGGCGCCAGAGGAUCCGUCUGCAUUUGGAGGGAACAGGAAUAAAUCCUACCCCAGUGGACCUGCAUGAACAGCAAAUGAGCCUGGAGGAGCACAACCAGGCCCACCGCAUCACCACUAUGGACGGUCAGCGGGGGGCAGGAACAUUAAAUGACAGCCUCUCCAAACCAAAUCUCCUUCCUGUCAGAAGCCUCAAUGAAAUCUUCAUCGGAGAAUCUCUGUCUUCCAGGGCUUCCUACUACGAGAUCUCAGUGGAUGAUGGUCCGUGGGAGAAACAGAAGAGCUCAGGACUCAGCAUAUGCACAGGAACUGGAUCUAAAGCGUGGUCGUACAAUAUCAACAAGCUUGUUGAACAAGCUGUGGCAGACGUUCUGAAGAUAGGAAAGUCACAAACUGGCCUUGAUAUUCCACUCAACCACGCAUUUAUUGAAAAAGUUACCGAGGAAUACAAUCAGUCGCUGGUGUUCAGUCCAGAGGAGAGGCGGCUGUUCUUCAGCAUCAGGGAGCCCAUUGUCAAUAGAGUCUUCUCUAGCAGCCGCCAAAGAGGUUUCGCAAACAAGGUGUGUGUACGCUCACGUUGUUGGGAUGCGUGCAUGGUGGUUGAUGGCGGGACGUCGUUCGAGUUUAAUGAUGGUGCCAUAGCAACAAUCAGCAUGAGUGAGGAGGAUCAACUGCGGACGUUGCUUCUUGAAAACUGAGGCGAUUAGGUGUCGUGAGCUGAAAAGAACUUUGGGAAAUGACAUGCUCAGCCACACUGUUGCAUUACUUCCUUGUGCAUACUAAAUGAAAUGUAUACCAGCUAGACACGUACACCACUUACACAUGGUAAUAAUAUUUGACUUUGUGCAUUGCUGUUUUCCCAAGCCUGUUCACUGGACGACACAUUUUUUUCAAAAGUUUUGCUUCCUGAAAAGAAAUGAAGAGAUUAUGAGAGACAAUGUCAAGCUGAACACAAAAAUAAUGCCAGAGUUGCUGUAUCACGUGGCAAUUUGGAGAAACAUUAAAAUAACUUCUUUGAAUUUAACAUGU